AUAAAGCGAUGUAGACGCGCACACCAUGUUUAAGAUGGCGUGGCCGCACUGGCUGUCUACUAUCUAUUCCUCUAUGCUGUAUUUCCAUAGGGAGUAGGGAGUAGUGGACGUAGGGAGUAGUGGAGUGCGUUGGUGUUUCGGGUAAAUACCGUAAAGGUACGGGACUUUAUCCUUUAUCGAAACAGAAAGCAAGAUGAUGUUUUUCAGCUGCGCAACGACCAGACAUUAUAAAACAAAUAAACAAAAAAGACUGCGUCAGUAACAGCUGUUUGUUCCUGGUUUCUACAGGAGACGUCAGAAAAAUUAAUCUCCAACGAAUCAGAAUGCUGACAAAAGUUCAGAAAGUCUAAUGCAGCUCUAAAAUGAUUCAGGAACUGUAUCAGCAAAUCUUUUCAGAAGUGAAAUUUCUGAGUUAGUCUCAAUCAGAGUCAGACUACCUUCAAUGGGGAAAUAAACUUGACUGGAAACAGAUGAACUGAACACAGAUGAACUGAACGCAAUGAACUGAACAUAGAUGAACUGAAAGCAAUGUGGAAGGCCAUGAAGAGCGGGGAUGAAAGGCUUAUUUCCUCUUUUUGAAGAUGUCUGAUCAGCACUUUCACGAUGAUUUCCAUUCUGGAGCAUACUUUCAUUAUUACUUCUAUUUUCUUACUGAAUAUUGAACUGUGUAUUUGUGCUUGUGCACGAGCUGAAUAUGAGAUAAAUGGAGAAUGCUGCCCCAUGUGUUCAGCUGGAAACCGAGUUUAUAGACAUUGCACUGAAUUCACCAGCACAACCUGUAUGCCGUGUGUUGGCUCUACUUACACUGCUGAACCCAAUGGCCUUCCAAGUUGCAUUACCUGUACAGUGUGUGAUCCUGGACCGGGAUUAAGAGUCAAAACAGCCUGCACACGAACUUCAGAUACAGUUUGUGAGCCACUGGAGGGAUUUUAUUGUACUGAUGAAUACAGGGACAGCUGUAGAUAUGCUGUGGAACACACAAAAUGCAGCCCUGGACAAUACAUAAAGCAGAAAGGAACAGCAGUUAAAGAUGCUGAAUGUGCAGUGUGUGCAGAUGGUACCUACUCCAACAGCAGCCUUCAAAUUUGUAAGCCACAUACAAAAUGUGAAGAUUUGGGACUUAAAGAAAUAACACCAGGAACAAAUUCUUUUGAUGUUGAAUGUGGAAGAAAAACUCCAGUCCAUCUAAUAGCUGGAAUCAUAGUUGCAGUGGCAGUUGUAGUUGUAGCUGGAGUAAUCGUUUUUCUAAUAAAGCAUAAGAAAGUCCCACCGACAGCUGGUACUGCUGAGAAACCGAGAUUUUCAACCAACCAGACACGUGAAAGAGAGACUUCAUUACCACUGACAAGCGAAGAAAGUUCAAAAUGACUGUGGAAAACAAUGGUGUGACCGCCAGGAGCAUGAAUACACAAGUUUAGGGAAGAGGAGACUGAUGGACUGAUGGGAGUGAUCUUGACUAAUGUGAUUUGAAUUUUGUGUGAUAUGUUAAAAGACAUUCAGGGUAAGUUUUCCUCAGUGGGACAUAUGGGAACAUAUACUAGUACAGUAGAUAAACCAUUUUGAGCUGUUUCAGUCACAAUAUUUUCUUUUAUCUGCCAUAUUUAUGAGCAUAAUUUUUGAACAUCGGCAGAAAAGCAAUGCAUCUGAGAAGUGAUUCUUACAAAAAAUGUUGAUGUUUUGAUUCAUACCGAGCCCCAGGAAAAAUAUAUAGAGCUCUGAAGUCAGCGUAGACAUUGUUGCCAUUGCCAAAUCUAACAAUCGCAGACAUUUGCAUUUAAUUCACAGUCCAUCUCCAUACACCAACAAGAGUCUGAGUCUGGAUCGGGCUUUAUAGUGCACAGUAGCCUGCUGGUACUUCGUAGAUGGAUGGGUUGACGAAAUGAACCUGUGAUAGAUGAAAGAUAAAAAAGUUUCCCAUCUCUGGGCAGAUAAGUAAACAGCAGCAUCAAUUUAUCAAGCUUUAUGAAUAGAAAUAACAGUUUAUUUAUGUUACUUACAAUAUACCGCUAACCAGUGAACUGUAUAGCAUAGGUAGAUAUGUAGAUAAAGUCAGUAGAUAUGUACAAGAAGAUAUUUAUUAUUCAUAAACUCCACCAGUAAGCAACAAACAACAUCAAACAUAAAAUCUGUACACAUCUGUCACCAACAAAUGUUCUGAUAAUUUGUUAAGCGUAGCAUAUGUAGCUAUAUCCACCUCGGUAACUAUCAUACAUAGCCAAUGUAACUAGCAAAUCAAGCUACCCAGUAUAAAAUGCUUGUUACUGAGAAUGGAGGGUUUUGUUGGUAUCCAAAUUUCUCACAUGAUUGCUGGUGAAAAUCGUUUCAACAGCUACUGUCGCAUCUGACAUCGGAACAAAUUAAUACCAGUUGGUAACUCCAGAAUCUUUUGGUCAUAAAUAUGGCAGCAUGGUCAUACAGUGAUGUCACAUGAAACAGACCAAAACAACACAAAGCACACAGAGUGCUAUGAACACAUGUGGUGUGCAUCAAAUUCAAAAUAUAAUGUAAUUCUCUUGCAUCAUGGGCACCAGCUGAGCGUGGGUAUUAUAGAUAUAUGUCUUUAUCUAUUAUGAUUCCGAUUCUGUGAGGUUUAUAAAAAAUUAGUGAGUACAAUUUUUUCACAAUCGAUACUAAGUAGGGGACCAAACUUGAAAUAUCUUAGAGACUGAUAAUACAGUACUACAUGUAGUACUUUUUCGGUACUGGCAGUGCUGUAUCAAGUGGAAUGCAGGCCCAGGGUGGUAUUUUUGUUGAGAGGCUUGGGCUGAAGGAAUGUGGCCUGCAUGUGGUAUGUGCAUAGCAAUAAGCUAUAGACCUGAAUAUAACCAGCACUCAAAUAACUACAUUCAAAAUCCAUUUUAGCCAGCUGAUCUGUCAGAUUUUCUGCUCAGAUACAGUGACCAAAGUAUAAACAGUGUAUGAAUAACCAUCUAUAAUGUAGGCUUGAAUAGUAAAUGAAGCUAGAUAUCUGCUGUUCAUGUAGAAAUGUGUGUAGCACUUGCAAAAACCUUGCUUUUUGGGGAGAGAAAAUUAGCAAAUUACAAUCUCUUAUGAUAAAUAAUAAAUACUAGCAUUAGUAUUUAUUAGCAUGUAUUAUAGUAUUAGCAUGCGAGUGAAUGGAAUACUGAGGACACCCUAAACAUAAAUAUUUUUCCCCAAUAAAUUUAACAUUCAACAGAAUAAUGUAGUUAUACAAAGGUCACUACAUUUAAAAGAUUACAAUAAAAAUAAAAUAGCUUUUUUUUUUUAAAUACAGGACAGCAUAUGAUUAAUGAUAUAGUUAACAACUUAUUCUCUGAUAUCAAUAACACAAUCAUUUAUAGUACACACUGAAAGAAAUGUCAGUAGUUUUAGUUUAUAUUUGCAGCUGUAUUUCCCCCUUGAUGAACUCUGGCAGUUAUCUCAGUGCUUGAUGAUCUCCACUGCCUAGAAAAAAAAAAAAUCUGCUUUGAAGAACAUCUCAUGUGAGAAUAGCAGCUGAUCUUUGCUGAUUGCACAUUCACUUUCUGAGACUUAUACAAUAUAGUGCCUUGUGAUCUUAGUAACAACUUUAAAAGAAACAUCACGCUUACCCAUGAUGCACAUAUUACUAAUUGUUCCACUGUUUCUGGUAUACAUAAUUAUGUACAAUACAUAUAAAAUAUAUAUUUCAUGUGUUGUUACUGGUAUUUACUGUGUAACUGUGUGCAAUGAGCAGUGAGUAUAAUAUCAAUCUGUAUAUCAGUAUAUACUAUAUACAGUAGCAAUCAAAAGUUUGGACACCUACUCAUUUAUAGAUUUUUCUGUAUUUUGACUAUUUUCUACAUUGUAGAACAAUACUGAAGACAUCAAAACUAUUAAAUAACAUAGGGAACACAUAUGGAAUUAUGUAGUAAACAAAAAAAAGUUAAAAACUAAAUAUGUUUCAUAUUUUAGAUUCUUCAAAAUAGCCACCAUUUAUCUUGAUGACGCUUUGCACACUAUUUGGCAUUAUUUUAACCAGCUUCAUGAGGUAGUCACCUGGAAUACUUUUCAGUUAACAGGUGUGUCUUGUCAAAAGUUAAUUCGUGCAAUUUCUUGCCUUAAUGCAUUUGAGAUCAAAUAGUAAAUAGUAAAAAAUACAGUAAAUAGCCCUAUUCCACAACUGUAGUAAUCCAUAUUGUAUCAAGAACCGCUCAACUAAGGAAAGAGAAACAACAUCCAUCAUUACUUUAAGACAGGAAGUGUAUUUUAAUUAAUUAAAAUAAAGAAAAAACAUUGAAUUAGAAGGUGUGACCAAACAUUUGAUUGGUAGUCUAUACAUUUGGUGUUUUAUUUUCCUCCCCUAGAUACUGUGUAAUUGUCAUUUGCCUAAUGGAAUUUAUAUUAACAUCUGCACAAUUUACUAAGCAAAUAAAUACUGCAGUUCAGUUAUGUAUUUGUACGCAAACUGUAGCUACAUUAAGGUGAUGCUAAAUGUAACUAAAUAUGACAGAUCUUACUGUACUGAGUAUAAGCUGAAUUCUCAGAACAUUGUGGCUGAAGUACAGACUAACGAGCUAUAAUUUAUUUACUUUGUUAAUAAAUUCUACAAUCACAGAAUAUCCUGUACAUCAUUUAACAUGAAUUCCUUUUUCAGUGUUUUGCACAACAUAAUGUAAUUUAAAGAUGUAGCAAUGUUUUUUAUAUGUGUAAUAAAUACAGACGUCUAUCACAGAGAA